CAGGAUCCAAAGCAGGAUUUAACCGGACGUCUUUGCGUCUUCUACCAGCUCCCUAUCGUCGUACAAGCGGCGGUAAGAAGCCGGUGAGAAAAACUUUCUCCCGUCCUGCGCGUUUCUGCAGCCCUGUUCGAGGCCGAGGAGCCUUUGCUGGAAGAGAUGGUGAAGGGCCUGGGCCCCCUGUUGUUGGUCUUCAUGCUGGGUCUGGGUCUGACCCCACCAGCCCGGGCUCAGGAUGACUCCAGGUACAAACACUUCCUGACCCAGCACUCUGAUGCCAAACCAAGGGGCCGGAAUGACAGAUACUGUGAAAGCAUGAUGGAGAGACGAGGCCUGACCACACCCUGCAAAGACACCAACACCUUUAUUCAUGGCAACAAGGGCAGCAUCAAGGCCAUCUGUGGAAAUAAGAAUGGAAACCCUUACGGAGAAGCUUUAAGACUAAGCAAGUCUCCUUUCCAGGUCACCACUUGCAGGCAUGUAGGAGGGUCCCCGCGGCCUCCGUGCCGGUACAGAGCUACCCCAGGGUUCAGACACAUCGUUGUUGCCUGUGAACAUGGCUUGCCUGUCCACUUUGAUGAGUCCUUUUUCCGUCUGUAACUGGAGGCCACAGCUGGCUCUGCUCUCCUUUCCUUGCAUUUCCCUCCGCACCCCGACAUUCAUGGCCAGGGGCCCAGAGAAUGAGCUGCCUCGAUCUCGAUUUCCAUUUUAUAACAUGUUUAAUAAAUAAAAAUGUCUCUGAAAUCAGUAAGAA